AGGGAAACGAAACGUUCAGAAUUGAACAAUAGUCUGUAUAGUAAUAGUUAUUUGUUACGACAAGUGAAAUAAAAUGAUUUUGUGUGAAUUUAUAUUACUUUAGGAAUUUAAAAUCACCCUAUGGGAGACUGUUGCUAGAAACCUGAAACAUCUCAUCAAAUAUGGAACCAUCAAAGGAUGCUAUUGCAGUGCGGGUUACACGUCUAAAUCGACAAAUAACAGGGAAAUUGACCGCUGGAACUAAUAAAAUCUCUAAGAAAUUAGAUAGGGAGACUCUUUUAGAUGCGCUUACAGUGUUAUAUGAUGAAUGCAAUGAUGAUCCUGUUAAGAAAACAGACGAGCUUGUUAAGAUAUUCGUUGAUAAAUAUCGUAGUGCACUUGCAGAAUUAAGAAGUGCUCGUGUUUCUUUGUCAGAUUUUGAAGUGCUGCAAACCAUUGGAAGAGGGCAUUUUGGUGAAGUUCAUAUGGUUCGUGAAAAACAUACAGGGGAUGUGUAUGCUUUAAAAAGUAUUCGUAAAGAACAAGCCCGUAAGAGAGUUACUGGCUCAUCUGAUGAAAGAGACAUCCUAGCUACAUCUUCAGGACAGUGGAUACCCAAACUGCAAUAUGCAUUUCAGGAUAAUAGUAAUCUUUUCCUUGUUAUGGAGCUGUGCAUUGGUGGUGACUUGGAAGGAUUUUUGGCUAGAUGCAGUCAACCACUAUCGGAAAGAGAUGCAGGUUUCUAUGUUGCCGAAGUGGCUCAUGCACUCAAAGCUCUGCAUGGCAUGGGUUUCGUUCAUCGUGAUGUUAAGCCGUCAAAUAUCCUGAUAGAUAGAUGUGGGCACAUCAAGCUCGGGGACUUCGGGUCAUGUGCCCGGCUGUCUGAAGGUGGAUGCGUUAUUGGAGGGACAGCUGACUACGUGGCGCCCGAGCUACUGGCAGCGGCUGAAUGUGCCAACCACACCCACACUGUGUGUCUGCAGUAUUGCCACAUUACUACUGCGCUUUCUGCCUGUGAUUAUUGGUCGCUUGGGGUUGUAGCCUACGAGCUGGUAACACUGUCAAGGCCAUUUUCAACAUCCGAUGAAGAUUCUGUCGCACAAGUACUCAGCAAUAUUCAUAGAUAUGAAAACAACUCAGAUUCUGAGCCCUUGUUCGAUGAGCCUCCGAGCGGACCAUCCAACAGCUGGCAGUCCCUGGUGUACGGCCUGCUAAGAGUGCAGCCGGCGCGGAGGUUUAACUACUUGGACACGCUCCAGCACGCAGCGCUGGCCCACCUCAAUGUACAUGGAGCAGCUAUACGAGAUCAGGCGCCUCCAUGGGUGCCCAGUGUGCGCGGACCGGAGGACUCUCGUUACUUCUCCUCCCCGCCGCGGCAGCCCUCCAAACCCUCGGCCGCGCCCUUCAGAACUAGGCAGCCUUUCGCUGGACAACUACCCUUUGUUGGAUACACAUUCGUUGCGCCCGAGGAGAGUGAGGAGACGAUCGGCAGCUACACGUCCACGCACGAUUCAACGGCGAUCGAUUUGGCCACUUUUAAAUCUGCUGAAAAACUGGCAACAUUGCGCGCGAAAGAGAUAGCUUCACUGCAGAGCAAGUUAGCGGCGGCAGAAUGUGCAGUCAGUUCGGCCGUGGAGCGGGCCAAGCGAGAGGCAGACGACGAGGCGGAGAGACUGCGGGCCAGGCUACAAGCGGAGAUCACGGCGCUCUCCUUACAGAACAAGCGACUAGAGCGGCAGCUGGAAGUUGAAAAAGAAGAACGUAUGGCGUUACAGAGGACCAAUCAAGAGCUCACCAACGGUAUUGAGGACCGCAACAAUGCAGAGAUACGAGCGGCUAGAGCGAGGGAGAGGGAGGCUACGGGUGAGAGGGACGCACUGCGAGCGGAGUUGGCGGGGCUCGAGGCCCGCGUGCGGGAGCUGCAGGCAGAGUGUGCGGGUGCGCGCGCAGACGCGGACGUGGCGCAGCAGAGGCAGAGGCAUUACCAGGACUCGAUCGCUAAAGAGCGCGCGCUUCGUCGUCAAACAUUGAGCGGCAGUGAGAUAGACGGUGCCAAGCUGGCCACAGCUGAAGCGUCGCUCGCCAGGGAGUGUAGAGCUCGGGCCGCUCUGGAGGAACGACUCAACACGGCUCAUAAUGAACUGGACGAGCUCAGGCACGAACUAGAACACGUCAAGGACAGUCUGCAUAAAGAACAAGAAUCGACCCGUGAAAAAGAUCGUUUGGUAUCCAGUACCCAACAGGAGCUUAGGGAACUACAGAAACAACUCGCCCAAGAGAGGGUUAAGAAUUCCACCCUGCAGGCACAUCUUCAGGAGAGUGAGCGCGCGGUAUCGCUGGCUGCAGAGCGAGAGGCGACUCUUGAAGAACAGAGCUCGCGGACCGAGGCCCGGCUGCAACAGAGACUCGACGCGGCUGAGGCGCGCGCUGCAUCCGCACUGAGCGACGAGGCCAGGCACAGAGACAAGGUGACCACACUGGAGCAAAUGGUGCGGCAGCUGGAACGUGAAGUGCGGGCUCUGGAGAACCGUGCCUCCCUGAAAUGUAUUAAACCGGCUGCGGCUGCCGCGGCCGCCAGCGACAAGGAGAACAACCCCAAUGAGGUGAACGUUGGCCACAAUGCGGCCACCAACACCUCCGAUGGCGACAUCCGGCUGGAUGCCCGCAGCGACACCGAGAGCGUCGACGGACACGCCAACGUGCAGGUUUCUCUUCUGAAGGAACAGUUGGAGAGGGCUGAAAAUCAGUUGCAGUCUAGAGCAAAUGAAAUCGCUGCGCUUCGUCAAGAGGCAAGAUCAGCGAACCUCGCAAGAUGGCGAAAGGAAAAAGAAUAUAAUGAAGCAGCUUUGGAUGUAAAAGUAACAACAAGGGACUUAAAACGUUCAGAGGAGCGCAUAGCCACGCUUCUCGAGAGCCGAAAAGCGGCCGAAGAGAAAGCAUCUAAAUUGGAGAAAGAGCUGGCAAUAUUGAAACCACAAUACGAGGAAGCGAGAAAGGGUAUGGAGCAAUAUAAGGAACAGUUGGAUAAGUUACAGAAGAGCUACGAAAUACUGCAAGCGGAAGUUGACAGAUCUCGUAACGACAUACGUAAGUUAAGAAGCGAAGUGCAAUAUAGUGAAAAGCGACGUCUACACGCGGAAGAACAGGAGGAGCUCUCUGCCCGAGAGCGGGCUCAGCUCAGAGACGAACUGACACCACUCAGGGUUCAAAACAACGAGCUUAUAGCGAACAACAAGGCUCUUCAAGAAGCUUGCAGUUUGCUUGAAGAGCAACUCACAGAUCUGGAGAAAUUAACUGACCUGCACGAGUUGAAAAAUAAAGAUCUUGAGAGUGAAGUGCAGCGACUGCGGAGUGAAGUGGAGUUGUACCGCGGCCGCGUGACGGAGGCAGAGCGACAGGUAGCGGACCGCACGGCAGCCGCGGACCUGGCGCGACACACGCAGAGCGAAACCGACGAGAAACUGAAACAGGCCAACCUGCACGUCGAGUGUCUUAAGGAGCGUCUGGAAAACCGCGAGUCGCUACUAUCGGAGCUCGAAGUGCGGCUGGGGUCGCUGGAGAGCGACAACGCGGCGCAGGAGGCGGCCCUGAGCUCGGCGGCGCGGCGCCUGCGGGACCUGCAGGAGGAGUGCUCCUCGCUGCGGACGGGCGCGCACGCGCACCACGCGCACGGGCUGCGGCUACAGGCCGCGCUGGCCGACGCGCAGGAGGAGAUUUCAGCGCUUCGAGAGGCACAGGAGUCGGCCGCCGCGUGGUGGCGCACGCGGGACACCAAGGCAGACGCGACCAUCCGGCAGCAGGCCAAGCUCAUCGACUUCCUGCAGGCAAAAUUAGAAGAAAGUGGUCGUAAGAAGUGUUCGCUGAGCAACAAACUGUUCGGGCGGUCGGGACGUCGGGCGGCCGCCUCGCCCAGUACAACGCUGCAGAGGACCAACCGAGAGUUACGGGAGGAGGUGGACAGACUACGCGCUAAGUUAUCUGCCAAAACUUCCGACGAAUUUCCACCAACGCCUGUACGCGAGAAAACCACAAUCAAAUCUCACAAGUUAACCAAUGGACCACUAAGCUUGGACAUGCCCGAUGGUGCUCCUGAGAAGGAUUCACUAUUAAUAAUCAGGAGCGACGGCAGCCGGGAGCGGAUGCACGCGCGGUUCGCGGACGGCCGCGUGGCCUUGAGCAGUGCGGGCGCGGGGGACGUGCUCGCGAGCCUACACGGGGACGAAGCAACCGGUCUGCCGCAUAACGAGGCCAACCGAGCAUUCACGAUAAAGUUGGAGCAAUCUGGGACAGGCGACGAGAUAUGCACAGUGGUGUGCCCGAACAUAACCGAGCGCAACGAAUGGCUGAGCCGCCUACGGGAGAGUUCGGCGGCAGAACCGAGCGCGCAGUAUACGCCUGUCUCGCUCUUAAAUCUCGAUGUAAAGCCGGAGUGUGCGUUGUACGUCGCGCCUAAUGCUAUAGCCAUAGGCACCGAAAACGGGUUGCACUCGCUCCGCGGUGAAGUGGUGCUCGAGUGGGAGGGCGAGCAGCCCGCGGGCGCGGCGGGCGCGGCGGUCGGGGCGCUGGCGGCGUGCGGCGGACGGGCCGUGCUGGCUGCGGGCGGCCGGGCGGCGCACGCGGGGCUGCGGGCGCUGGGCUCGGCGCUGCGGCGCUCGGCCGCGCUGGCGCCCGCCGUGUGCGCGCACGUGCUGCCGACGGAGCUCGCCGCGCCGCACUUGGUCACGGCGGUAACGGGCGAGUCGAGCAGCGCGUGGUGCUGCGCGGUCGCAUGCGGGCGGCGCGUGCACGUGCUGCGGUGGGACGCGGGCGAGGCGCAGUUCACAGUGACGCGCUCGCUGACCGUGGACCGCGCGCCCGCCGCGCUGCUGCUGACGGCCACCGCGCUGUACGUGGCCGGCCACCGCCCGCUGCGGGUGCGGCUGCCCUCCGGCGCACUCGAGACUUUCGCCGCCGACCACCCCACCGUGGCGGCCGCCGCCAAGAAACACUCGCCGCCCCGCGCCAUCCUGCUGGUGCGCGAGCAGCCCGCCGAGCUGCUGCUGUGCUACGCCGAAUGCGGCGUGUUCGUGGACGGCGACGGACGCCGCACGCGCGACGAGGACCCGCGCUGGAGCGCCGCCGUGCACAGCUGGGCGUUCGUGCCGCCCUUCCUGUACGCCGUGGGCGCGGAGCGGGUCACCGUGACGCACGUGACGCCCGACACGUACCGCGCGCCGCCCUGCACGUGCGACGCGGGCUCGCUGGCCUCCGCGUCCUCCGACUACACCUCGGACGUGUACACCCACCGCGUGUCCGAGCCCGCGCUGCUCGGCGCCGCGCCCGCCGGCGUCAUCAUCCGCUCCAAGACUGACUCGGGCUACGCGGUGUCCUUGAUCGAAGGCAAAGCCGCCUUCCGAACUCUGGGAACCUCUCUGGAAUCGUUAGCGACCGCGUCCAAGUCGUCGUCGUGCGCGGACUUGGCGCGCUCCGUGUCGGACGUUUCCCCCGUGGACGACUCGCAGGAGAGCGUCGAUGUCAACACGGGCUUUCUGGCCGACAUCCGGAAAAGAGCGCGACAGCUCCGUGAGAAACAACGCAAGGAGAUGCAGUCGUCGGAUGAGAUCAUCAAGGGGAUCCUGACUGCGGAGGUCGGGGCGAGGCGAGGGUCGAAGGGGAGGAUGUCGCCCGUCGUGUCGGAGUUUGACUCGGACUCGGAGAGCGAGCGCGGCUCGGGCGCCCAGUGUACGGCGGACGUGUGCGCGGAGAUGUUCACGAGGCAGGUGCGCUUCCAGUGACGACACACAUCGGAACUUAACGCCAGAUUACUUAGCACCGGUAAACGUUACGUUUACGAAUACAAAGAUGAAUGUGACAUCUUGCCCUUUGACCAAAGCAAACCGUUAUAUGAUUUUUGACUAUUAUUAUUACAGUUCCGUAAACUGUACACAAUGUAGUACGCUGGAAGUGUACUUGCCUGCCUACAUUAAUAUGAUUUUGAGUACUUUUAGUCUAGUACCCGACGUCCAGUAAUUAUAAAUAUAGACUUAAAUUUUACUGCAUAAUAUUAUGUGACUGGCAUUGUUUGAAGACUUAAAUUUUAGCGAAAGGUUCGUUUGAAAUUUAGGUGUUCUGUAAAUAUAACUUUAAUACAACCUAAUGUAUUUUUUUAAAUUAUUUAUUUCAAUGUUUACAUAACUAAAUCUUCAUUUGAAGCUUAUGUCAUAACAUUAUAAUUAUUGUGUAUAUUUUUUAAGACAUCAUGUAACUAUUUUUAUUGCCCUAUUUUUACUGUCAUUAGUAUCUUCUGUGACACACUAUAACUGUUCAGACUGACCGCUAUAACAAUUUUUAAGUUUAAUCAAUUUUAGUUACGCUAGUAUUUUUUUAUAUUCUUAACAAGUUAAGCAACUAACUGCCAAUUGCAGAAAGCAUCCUUAAAGUUAAUGUUUUAUUAAAUAUAAUAGUGUCACUUUCAUUUUCAUUUUGGCAGUCAAAGAUAGCAUGUGAUAUAAAGAAAUAUUAACCUUAAAUAUAUUUUCUGCAGCUGGCGGCUGACACAGUCAUACGUUAACGUAGAACUAUAAUUUAUUUAAGGUUUUACAAUGUUAUUAUUUAACAUAAGUUUGUAACCACAUACUUAACUAAGUAUUUUGUUAUCAAAUGUGGCGUUUUAUCUUUUGAAGAAUGUUAAUUUCCUAAAACUAUUUAGUUUUGAUUUUAAUUUAUUUUUUAAUAUUGAAUGCGUACGUUGCAGUCAUUUUCGGUUCUCUUGUUUUAUUUUAAUUUCUUGCCUUUGAAAGUCUCUACUACUAUACUGUGAUUUGAUAAGUAUGCAAUUUAAUAUAUUUUUAAGGUGGUUAUUUUGUAUUAAUAGUAUUAAUACCUACCAGUGAUGUAUAUUUAGUGCAACCUAUAUUUUUAAUAAAUAAAAAAUAAAAAUUA